UCAUCCUUUUGGAUAAUGGAUGGUACUUUCAAGACUGUCCCAACAAUUUUUAAACAACUCUAUACAAUUCAUGGAAGUGUUGGAGAUAGUGAAAACUCCAAAAUUAUGCCUCUUGUAUUUUCACUAAUGUCAAGUAAAUCAGAGGAAUACUAUAGAGCAUUGUUUCAAAAUUUAAUCAACUUGGUGAUGAACAUAACAUUGAUCUACAACCACAAUAUGUAUUAACAAACUUUGAAAAAGCUUUAAUCAAUGCAGUUCAUAUAGAAUUACACGGUGUUCAAAAUAAAGGCUGCCAUUUUCAUUUGUCCCAAAGUGUAUAUCAUAAAGUGCAAGCAUUUGGCCUUGCUUCUCAAUAUGCAAAUGAUGAAAAUAUUAGUUUAUUUGUUAAACAUAUCCCAGCACUUGCAUUUUUGCCUUGUGAUAAUAUU